AUGGCCACUGAUGCCCCUCAUGUGCUCGUAGUUGAUGAUUCCUUUAUUGAUCGUCUUGUUGCAUCCCAACUCUUAAAGAACUGCAAUGCUCGAGUGACUAUUAUGGAGGGUCCAAAUCAAGCCUUGGAGUUUCUAAAUAGGGAACAUGAUGUGAAGUUGAUUGUGACUGAUUAUUGUAUGCCUGGUAUGACUGGGUAUGAUCUUCUAAUGGAGGUGAAGGAAUCACCUAAGCUGAAGCACAUCCCUGUGGUGAUUAUGUCCUCUGACCACAUCCCUGAGAGGAUGAAAAAGUGCUUGGAUGCUGGGGCAAAGGAGUAUGUCCUAAAGCCUCUUAAUGUUGUUGACAUGCCCCGCCUUCUAAGUUACACCUGA